ACAUGUACAUGUAGGACUUGAAAGCUUGUUUAAAUACCUCUGCACUUAUUAAUCAUCUCUUAUUUUUAAAUAAUUUUUUUGAUACAUACUGUAGUUACAUGCAUGCAUAUUAAUGUUUUUAUGUGCAAAAAGCUUGAGACGAUUCAAAAUUUAUUAUUUAUAACACUUGAUGUACCUGUAUUAUUGAUAGGAAAACUGACUGUGACUAAUUUGAGAAUCAUUUGGAGAUCCACUGCAAAGCCAUCAGUUAAUCUUUCAAUUGGUUUAAUGUGUAUUUUUCAGAUUAAAGCAAGGAAAGCCACUUCAAAACUAAGAGGUCAAACUGAGUCUGUUUACAUUCUCACUAAGUGCAAGAAAACCCAAUUUGAAUUCAUUUUCACAAAUCUUGUUUCUGACACACCAAAACUCUUUGCUCUGAUACUAGCAGUCCAUAGGUCAUACGAGACAUCGAAGUUGUAUCGUGAAAUAAAGUUAAGGGGAGCUAUCAUUGAUAAUCAAACACUAAAAGUUUUACCUCUUGAGCAAGUUUAUGACAAAAUAAAUGGAGUGAUGAACUUGUGUAGCAGCCAAGGUACACUUGGUACAAUGUACAUCACAAAUGUUCGUGUGGCAUGGCAUGCAAAUACAAACGAGGCUUUUAACAUCAGUGUACCCUACUUGCAUUUGAUUAGCAUCAAGAUGAGAGAGUCAAAAUUUGGUCUGGCUCUUGUCUUGGAGACUCAUAAAGAUACUGGAGGAUAUGUGCUUGGCUUUCGUAUUGACCCGCAGGAAAAACUCAGAUCAACUUUGCAACAAAUAAACUCCCUGUAUCGG